AUGGGUCCAGCUGCGGGCAAGAGGAGUUAUCUGGACAUGGCUAAAGUCUUGGUGUUUCGUUACUUCUUCUGGUUUGUGCUCUCGGUGGUCUUUAUCACAGGGGCCACUAGGAUCUCUGUGUUUGGACUGGGCUACCUACUGGCUUCCUUCUUCUUUCUGUUGCUUGGAACCAAACUGUUAGUCAAGUCAUCGAGGACUCGCCUCAUCCUCUGGGACUGUCUCAUCAUCUACACCGUGGCAGUUAUUAUAUCUAAAAACGUGCUGUCUAUCCUGGCAUGUGUUUUUGUGUUUGAAAUGCAGAAGGGAUUCUGUUGGGUAAUUCAACUCUUUAGCUUGGUUUGCACAGUUAAAGGAUAUUAUGACACGAACGCUGUGAGUUCUGAAUCCUGCAGCCUUCCGGUGGAGGAAGCAGGGAUUCUGUGGGACAGUUUGUGUUUCCUUUGCCUGCUGCUGCAGAGGAGGGUCUUCCUCAGCUUCUAUUUCCUGCACGUGACGGCAGAGCUGCAGGCUUUUGCUAAACAAGCAUCAAGCAAUGUUGCUCGACCUCUGAGCACUCAGAGUUGUGAGAAUGAUAUUUUGGAGGAAGAGGAGGAAGAGGAGCUUGAGGAACAAGAGUCUGUUCAUGGUGAGAUGGUUCAGAAGAUCUUGGACAUUCUGCGCUUCUUGUGGGCCAUCAUUUUGGCUAUGGUGGAUGGACUGACUCAGUGGCUCAAUUUACUCACAAAACAGUACAGCAAUACGUCCACAGUUCUGUGCAAUGAACGCUACUUCAGCAUACACAAAAUAGAGCCGUGUAACGUAGCAGCAGGGUCCAGAGAUGAUCAGGCGUCUCAGAUUAGUGAGAUGUCUACACUUGAUACAUUUUUGGAUGAAACUGAUGCAGAAAGCUCCGUCAGAAACAGCUCCGCACAAAGUAGAGGAGCGACAGACCUUUCGAGUCCCAGACAAAACAGCAAUGCAAAUCUCCUGACUGUAGAAUCCCAGUUGAGCUGUGGAUUACAACCAUUCAAACCACACAGACACUCCAGAACAGCCAGUGAGAUCCUGUCAGACAGGCAUUUUUUUAUCGAGGAGCUGGAGCAAAGCAAAGAGUUCUUCAACAACCAGAACCGUCUGCUGAAGCUGCUGCUGUCCAUGUACACCGUGCUGUCAGCCAACUCCGAGCUGGUCUGUUACUUCAUCAUCGUACUGAACAAUGUGGUCAGUGCCUCCGUCAUAUCGCUGGUCCUGCCCAUGCUGGUCUUCCUCUGGGCUAUGCUGUCUGUUCCAAGACCAACUAAGAGGUUUUGGAUGACCGCCAUAGUCUACACAGAGGUGAUGGUGGUUCUGAAAUACAUCUUCCAGUUUGGAUUUUUCCCUUGGAACAGUGUGUAUGAGAUGACUCUGAAUAAGGACAAACCUUUCUUCCCACCACGCAUCUUCGGCCUGGAGAAAACCGACAACUACAUCCGAUAUGAUCUACUUCAGCUGCUGGUUCUGUUCUUCCAUAGAUCUCUACUGAUGCAAUAUGGUCUGUGGGACCACGAGGGCCCCCUGGAUGAGAAAAGCUCUUCAAAGGAACGUGGAAAAAAUGUUAAAGAGGGAAAUGGAAGGAAGAAAAAGGAAAAAGAAGAAGUAACGGGGGAGGGUUAUACAUUUAGUACUUCUUCCACCCUGGAAGACUUGGACAAGAUUGAAAAGAACCCGUUUGAGCAGGAUGAUGAAGACUGUCUUGAACCGAGUACCAGCUCUGUUGCUACAUCAGUGCACCCCCUUGAAGCUGAUCCAGAGACUGCUGAGUCAAAAGAUGGAGAGGAACUGCAUUCUAGGAGGAAGAAUGAGGACUCUGUGAACAAGGAGGAAAAAGACAGUGACCAAGUGACCAAGGAAAGUCCAAAGAGAGGCAGCAACAUUAGGAUCCGUAAAAAAAACAAGAAGUCCAAAGAAAAACACAACAAAGUGGACCCUCCAGCAGAAUCUGCAGAUACCAGUGAGGAACUGAAGAAGAAAAAAGGAAAAGGCAGGAGGACAGAGGCCAAACUCAGAUUACUGGCAGUGGGACACAAGAUUAAACACGUCUUGACAUCAGGUGUUCAGAGUGUCAAGAGGCCGGCUCAGGGUUUCUUCAGAAAUAUUAUCCGAUCGGAGUAUCGCGCGUCCACAGAUGUUUAUGCACUGAUGUUCCUGACUGAUGUCAUUGACUUUGUCAUCAUCAUCUUUGGUUUCUGGGCUUUUGGGAAACAUAGCGCAGCAGCAGACAUCGCCUCCACUCUAUCAGAAGACCAGGUACCUGAGGCCUUCCUGGUCAUGCUGCUUAUCCAGUUCAGCACCAUGAUCAUUGACAGAGCCUUGUAUCUGCGCAAGGCUGUGCUGGGAAAACUCAUUUUUCAGAUGAUUCUUGUUCUGGGGAUUCACCUGUGGAUGUUCUUCAUCCUGCCUGGUGUCACUGAAAGGAUGUUUAAUCAGAACUUUGUGGCUCAGCUCUGGUACUUUGUAAAGUGCAUUUACUUUGGCCUGUCAGCCUAUCAGAUUCGCUGUGGUUACCCCACUCGUAUCCUCGGAAACUUCCUCACCAAGAAAUACAAUCACCUCAACUUGUUUCUCUUCCAAGGGUUUCGUCUGGUGCCAUUUUUGGUGGAGCUGCGAGCAGUUAUGGACUGGGUUUGGACCGAUACCACUCUGUCUCUGUCAGACUGGAUGUGUGUUGAGGACAUUUACGCCAACAUCUUUAUCAUAAAAUGCAGCCGUGAGACAGAAAAGAAAUACCCACAACCUAAAGGACAGAAGAAGAAGAAGAUUGUAAAAUAUGGCAUGGGCGGACUCAUCAUUUUCUUCUUAAUCUGCAUCAUCUGGUUUCCCCUCCUUUUCAUUUCAUUGGUCAGAUCAGUGGUGGGCGUGGUCAACCAUCCGAUUGACGUGACAGUCACAGUCAAACUGGGAGGUUAUGAGCCUCUGUUCACAAUGAGUGUGCAGCAGCAGUCAAUCAAACCCUUGACCGAUGCUGAAUUUGACCAACUCACCAAAGAUUUUGGAGACAAUGCU